AUGGAAAUCGUUUUCCCUCACGCACGUCCGUCUCGUUUCUCGGCCCCCUCUCUAUUUUCUCAACAUUUUUUCUCUCACUUUGCUCUUCCACUUUCUUUCUCACUUUUUUUCACUUAUUUUGCUGACGUUCUCUUUACGUCAAUACCUUUUUUUUAUCUCUCUUUCUCUUAUUUCUCCUCUCCACUUUCUUCUCUCUUAUUUCUUUUAUUUUAUUUCCCCCUCCACUUACGUCCUUUUCUCUCUUUCUUCGUUCCCCACCUCUUUAAGUUUCUAAUUCAUUUCUAUACCUCCCUUUUUUCUAUACCGUUGUUUUGCUCCCUUCUCACGUUUUUGGCCUUUCUCUUCCCUCCAGCUUCUUUUUUUACCUCUACAGUGGAACCUCGGAUCACGAAAAAAUCACUUCACGAACUGUUACAGCAGAGGAUCGCUGAGCUCACAGCAGAGAUGACGGAGACUUCUUGCUGUUCGCAUUACAGCAGGCUCCGCGAGAGUUGCCUCCCACUGAGCACCAUAGUCCAGUAUCCCCUGUUUGAAGCAGGCCUCGCGGUACUUGCUUCAAACGUGCCCAUUAAACUUUUUCAAUUCGUCGAAACACUUUGA